CAGGGUGUAAACACAGACAUUUAACAACGUGCUUCACAGGGGGAGAGAAGGAGUGAACUAAGUUUCCAAACAGCGAAAAUCAUGAAAUACUUCAGAAAAAUACAAUGGUUCUCCCUACAACUACAGUGUUUCCUGAUUGUCAGUUUAGUUGACUCCUUUUCCCUGUCCUCCGCCACGAGCCCCCUGUCCGUCACCUUCAAGGUAGGAAACCAGGCGGUGCUUCCCUGCAGCUGGAAGCAGCGCCUGGGGGAGGUGACGCCCUCCACUUGCUACAUCCAGUGGAACAGCCCUGCCGACACCGUAUUUGAGCUGCAGGGGGAGAAGAAGUGGCAGGCGGAAGAGUUUCAGGGCCGGAUGGAGGUUCCAGAGGAGAAGCUGAAGUCCGGGGACUGUUCUCUGGUCAUCAGUGACGUGCAGAUUGGAGACACGGGGAGAUACGAGAGCUUCAUGGUGGUGGAUGGAGUGAGGUCCGCCAAAACCAAGGUCUUCAUUCAGAGUGUCAAGCUGUCUGUAUCCGACUAUAAAUCCAUUCUGUCUCGAGGUCCAGGAGAGGAUUUAGUUCUGGAUCUGUACACCCAACACUCUGUGAAGGUAGUGUUCCAGGACAGGAACGGCUCAGAGUGGUCGGUUGUGUGGAUGAGGGGGGAGGAAGACAGUGAACGAAUGGAGCAAGAUGUGGCAAAUGAGCAGCUGACAAUAAAGAACUUAAAGAGCUCGGACGAAGGAACGUACAAAGUUAUGGACGAGCAGGGCCUCAGUGUCAGCACCGUGCUGCUGUCUGUUAAUGAAGGCUCCAAAGCUUUCAAACUCGCCCAGACAAUGGAAAAUCAAGUACCAACAGAUGGUACUGUCAGAGGCAGCUGUUCGGCUCUUCUUCUCUUGUCUGUUCUUGUCACAGUUUUCCAAAUUCUUCAUCUUUUCUAAGAAACUUCCCUCUACAAAAUAACUGCACCUACAUCAAAAGACUAAACACUAUAGCCAGCAAACAAUGUAAGUUCUGUUUUUACUAGAUAUUAUCGUAGUGUUUCUGAACUUUAACCUAAAAGCUAAUGAGCUAGAUUGGACGUUUGUUGGAUUGCAGUGAAUUUAAGUUAAGUUUGUAUUUGUCUUCAACAGGCUGACUACUAAAACCAAUAUGGUAUCAAAUGUUGGAACACAACGUGUUUUACAAUAAUUCGGAGUCAUGCUCCUAAUCCUAACAAUCCUAAUCUACGGUGGCCGACACAGGCACACGUGCUACAACGGCCUUAAACACUUGUGUUAGGACAAAUGCCUUGCAAUUUUCAAAAAUUAUGCAAAAAAUUACAAAUGUGCCGAAACACAUGUAAAUGAAUAAAUAUAUCUUCACCAACUUGACAACAGAUGAGCAGCAUUGAGAAAAUAUUCACCAACUUGAGGAAACAUGUGCAGGGUUUACUAAAUGUGCUGCAUAAAGGAAGCGCUGCAACACAACGGAAACCAGGGGGAACUCAUAAGCGACGCACACAGCUGGGACCGGAGCGCUUGGUGACGUUCGUGGAUUGUAAAAUUGGCCAAAGUUGGCCACAUGUCCUAAAAUGUUUUAUCGGCUUAUUUUAUCAAAUGUGAUAUCAUGAUCCUGCUGAUAUUAUUGCAGAUCUGCUGUGAGCUAGCUAGCUAUGGUAGCUAACUUUCAAAUAUACUGAAAAGAACACUUACAGUUAUGAAACAGAAUAACUCUGCAAACAGAGACAGUUGUCCAACUUUAUAAUCCUGAACGUCACCAAGUGCUCCAGUCCCACCUGUGUGCGUCACCUUUUAGUGUCCCCUGGUUUCCGUUGUGUUUUGAGCUUCUUGCAGCGUUUCGUUUAUGCGGCGCUUACGGUAAAUGUUGCACACAUUUUGUAAGGUUGGUGAAUGUUUUCUAAACGCUACGCAUGUGUUGUCAAAUUGUGUUGUCAAGAACAUCUGUGGUUUUGUAUUUGCAUCGUUUUUGAAAGUGCAGCGCCGUUCUCCUAAUGGAAGUGUUUUGGAGAGAGAUGUAGGAUUGUUUCAUGACUGGGAAAAAUAUAGUGACAACAAUAUUUCAAGGAGUUAAGAAAAACAAAGUAUAGCAAUUUCUCAAAUCAGAGGUUCAAUUGGAAAAACUGUGAAAAUGUUUGGGGAAUAAUACAACACAAGACUGUUUACGCAUGUAUAUGGGAUGUUUGUUUGUGUGUGUAUGUGCUUGCAUUUGUAUUUAAUAAGAACUUUUUUUGUUGUAAAUACUACUGAUUCAUUUCUAUAAAGAUUGAGUCACCUGUUUGUGUGAUAUUUGUAUUUAUGUAUUUAGGCCCCAGUGUUGAAAUUCAUUGAGUUCAUGAAUAAAUAAAAAAUAAAGCCAUCAAACACAA